CACACCCUUACACUAGACACUAGUAAUCAUAUGGCUAAAUUGGGCCGUGGAGGAAACCCUGAACGGGUUUUACAAUUGCCCUUAUGCGCCGCUUCAAGCCCUCAUCGAUUCGUCGUUCCAGCUAAAAGAGACUGUCCCUCACCCUCUCUGAACUAGCUCCCUCUUAAAUUCUCAGGUGAUCCAAGUCUAAAAAUGCAGAAAAUGGCGAUUUUCCAGAGGUUUUCUAGAACUUUCCGCGAGAAUUCUGCGCUUGCUAAAGCAACAAACGUUUUCACCAUAGGUGGCGGAGAUCUUAUGGCAUCUCCUCAGGCUAAGUCAGGUAAUGGAAUGAACAUUUUCAAUGCAACAGCAGCUGAUGGCAAGAAUAAGAUGAAGGUGAUAUCACCAAGUAACUAUUUUCUGUUCAAUCAAAUACGACCAAGUGUUACAUGUGGAACUGUGGGACCUCACAGCACUGUUGAGACAGUUCGCAACAUUGUCAGAAAUGCAACAACACAGCAAGGUUCCUAUCUUGCGAAUUGUGCAAAACAUCCAGAAGGUCCUCUGUGCUUCAGAGGUGAAGGGCGUCGUUGUUUCCAUAAUUUCAGGUAUAACCAUUUUGGACUAUUUGCACCUUUGAGAGCAGAGCAAGCAGUUGAUCAACUUUCAGGGUCUGUGGCGAGGAGAUUCUACCGCCGUGAUGAAAAGCCACCCAGGACGCACCCAGACAGGAAUCGAAAUAAACUCGAUCACAGACGUAGAUUACUUGCUGCUAAAUAUGAAUUGAGGCGAAAUCUUUACAAGGCCCUUUGUCGUGAUCCCAACCUUCCUAGUGCUAUGCGGGUCAAGUACCGUUGUAAGUUGUCCAAUCUGCCAAGAAAUAGCUCCUUUACACGUGUGAGAAACCGAUGCAUCUUCUCUGGUCGCCCUCGUGGCGUGUACAAGAAGUUCAGAAUGUCUCGUAUCGUUUUCCGAACACUGGCAAAUCAAGGUCAAUUGAUAGGCAUAAAGAAGGCAUCGUGGUAGCACACGAGCACCCAUUAGAGGUGUAUAAGCAAGGUAAUAGUGGUAUAUCCUCUGGAUCGAAAUAACAAUGUAAUGCGUCAAAAUCUAAGAUAGGAGGAAGCGAAGUGAUUGGUUAUUGCGUCUGUAUCUAUCUAGUCUAGCAAGUGAGCUGGUGUAUACUAGCAUCGAGGGUAGCGUACAGUAGCAAUGGCGCUCCAUCAUUUCUUCUUCAAGAGGCAAAAAAUACAUGACAGGUAUCUCAUAUCCCCAAAUUUUGCUGUUUGUGACAUUGUAUUUAGGUUGCAUCUGUUUUGAACUGAUCUUGUUUUCCAUGCCUAGUUUGAUUUUCUUGGUGUUGCUGUAUCUUGCGAACAUCUUUUCCCUCAUAUUGGAAACCACAAUAAUCUCUUUUGAUCGUUU